GUCGCUGUGAGCAAAGAGGCGUUGUUUACGUUCACCAAAAACCAACAUGGAGGACGAGCUGGAUGUAGAUAUCGAAGGAGAUGAGUUAGGAAGCAGUUUGAGUGAUCUGCAGGCUGCAGGUCUAGUCCAGGAUCAGUUCUUCCAGUCUGAAUGGAGGAGCAGUGUGGGACUCCUGCCGUGGGAGUUAGACAGCUCCAUCAGUCCAGAGAACAGAGAGGUGAUCGAGAAGAUGCUGCUGGAGGAGCAAUAUUACCUGACAGGUGAGCAGCUCCAGAAUCACAUCUGGGAGAGUAACACAAGCGUCAAACCCAAAGUGAAGAAGUCUCCUGUAAAGACAUCUUCCUCCGGCGCCUCGUCUCGGUGGUCCAGUCAGGAGAGAGAGCUGUUUGAGGAGGGACUGGCUAAGUUCGGACGGAGGUGGACAAAGAUCUCCAAGAUGUUGGGCAGCCGCUCUGUCCUCCAGGUGAAGAGCUUUGCUCGACAGUAUUUCAAACACAAGUCUAAAUCUGAGCCGCGCCCUGCAGCACCUCCUGCAGGUCAUGUCCAGCUCCUGCAGCCUCCUCAGCCGUCCUCCAGUCAGACCCCCGCUCUGACAAACACGGUGAAGAUUGAGAGGCUGUCUGAUGAUGAGGACGAGGAUGUGGACAUCACUGAUGAUCUGAGUGAUGAAGGAGAACCUGACCAGGCAACAGGGAUCCUCGCUGACCCCCCCACAAACGAGAACACUGAGCCAGAUCACAACGAGGACAGUCACAGCUCUGCUUCUCCUCAAAGUCCUGGACCAAUCACAGAGAGGACAGAGCAGAGAGGGCCGGCCCCUCCUCACACAGAGCAGGAGCAUGAAAACCAGAACUCCCAGUCUGAGGGUCCAGCUCAGACCAGACAGCUGGACGAGGCUUGUAGCUUCGAUCCUGCUGAAAUAAAAGAGCAGAGUCAGCCUGACAGCACAGAGGAUGACGACCUGGAGGAGGAAGAGGAGGAGGAGCUAAAAGCUCCUGAGGAGGAGGUAGAGAUGAACACGGAGGUGAUCACUGAAGAUGAGAAACAAGCUAUCCCAGAAUUCUUUGAGGGCAGACCAUCCAAGACUCCUGAAAGAUACCUGAAGAUCAGAAACUACAUCCUGGAUCAAUGGAUGAAGAGCAGGCCCCGGUACCUGAAUAAAACCUCGGUACGUCCCGGUCUGAAGAACUGUGGAGACGUGAACUGCAUCGGUAGGAUCCACACAUACCUGGAACUGAUCGGAGCUAUCAACUUUGGCUGUGAGCAGGCAGUGUACAACCGUCCCAGGGUGGUGGAUCGCUCCAGGCAGAAGGAGGGCAGAGAUGUGAUGGAGGCGUACCAGCUGGCUCAAAGGCUGCAGAGCAUGCGGACCAGGAAGAGACGUGUGAGGGACACAUGGGGGAACUGGUGCGACGCUAAAGAUCUAGAGGGACAGACAUACGAGCAUCUGAGUGCAGAGGAGCUGGCUCUGCGCAGGGAGGAGAUGAAGAAGCAGCCCAAACCCUGCAGGAGCUCCAGGUUUAAAGACUCCUUGGAUCCGUUCCAGUUGAUCCCCUGCAGGUCAUUUGGAGAGGACGUUCAGGAACCGUUCCAGGUCAUUGUGUGUGCCGAGACUCUCCUCAUCAUGGACACGCACGCUCACGUGUCACGGGGAGAAGUCAUCGGUCUGCUGGGAGGAACUUUUGAUGAAGAAGAGAAAGUUUUAAAGAUCCGCGCAGCCGAGCCAUGUAACAGCGUGAGCACAGGCCUGCAGUGUGAGAUGGACCCGCUGUCGCAGACUCACGCCUGUGACCUGCUCUCCUCUCUGGGCCUCAGCGUGGUCGGAUGGUACCACUCACACCCGUCCUUCCACCCAAACCCAUCAAUACGAGACAUCAGUACUCAGGACCAGUUCCAGAGUUAUUUCUCCCGCGGUGGAGCCCCCUUCAUCGGGAUGAUUGUGAGCCCGUACGACCCCGCCAAUCGCUCACCCCACUCCCAAACCACCUGCCUGUUAGUGAGAGAGAGCUCAGAGCCUUCAGGCACACAGAAGCUGCCGUACAGAUUUGACUUCCUGUUGUCAGCCGAGAGUCCAGACUGGGAGCAGACGAUGAGACGGGCUCGGUGGAUCAUCGACAAAUACAGUCAGGGUCCAGGGAGCGUGCAGAUGGACAGAUAUUUCCGGAAAGACUCCCACCUCACGUGUCUGGAGAAGAUGAUGUCGUCUCUGGCCCGGUACCUGGAGCCCCUGCCAGAUGAGGAGGGAGACCCCUUCCUCACUCAGAUCCAGGCUCUGUUCCAGUCAGACUUCAUCGCCAAACAGAAGCAGGAGGCAUCAGAGCUGAAGGAGGAAGAGGAAGUAGGGGAGCCUCUAAAUCCUUCACACGGACAGGUGGGCUCAGCUGAGCUGGGUUUAAGUGAGGAGCGCCCCCUGCAGGGAGGAGGACGCCCUGACGAAGAUGCUGGCAGCGCCUCAGAUGAUGGCGUGGUGUUACAUCUGGGCUCUGUGCUGACGUCUGAACACGAUUAUUUAUUCUGAUCCCUGACUCUGUAAAUCUGAGCGUAUGUAUUUGACCAGUUCUGUAGAUGUAAAGACGUUUUUUUACCCACGUUACCAGCUGACAGAGUCAUAAACAUUCCAGUUUUUUAAGCUCGCUGACUGACCUGCAUGUCUGUGUGAGUAAACCAGACUGAGCCAACCUCUGAGGGCCACGUUUGGACCAAAGAUUCAGAGAACUCUGGUCUCUUGGAGGUUCUGUACUUCCCUGAGGUUACAGGGUUGAAAGUACAGUGGAGGGUCAAGAAGAAGGGCCAGCCUGGUUUCUGUGGUGGUGUCGGUGGUAGAAGAGAAGAUUUGAUUAGGAUUUCACGGCCAGAGGAGACAAACUGAAAAUAAAUACCUCCAGACUGCCUCACCUGCUUGGAGGCAAAGAAACCAUUCAUCCCAGUUUGUGAAUGAAGACCUUUUUAUUCCAGGUUUGUCUUCAGGACACGGAAAUCUCUGUAACACUGAUUUAGUCUAAAUAAACCUGAAUGUGAGUGAGGGAGUUGGAGAAAACUGGAAACAUAGCAAGUUCAUUUUAAAACUAAAAUUAAAAACAUUUUCAUAUUUUUCUA